AAAAAAAUUCGUUGUUUUAAUAUAAUCUUAAUGCUCGUGUCAGUCGGCAGCACACUAGGAGUUUAACCAGAAACACGAAGUGAAGAAGGAGAGGCGCAAAGGCACAACAAUUUUGAUACAGACUGUAUUUCACGAUUGUUUGUAAUUUCUAGGGAUCUCUUCAAAGCUUCAAGAUUCAGAGAUCCAGAUGUCUAAUGAUGAGGAGAAUCCCAAAGUUAGAGCAUCCCAGAAAGGUCCAGAAAACCCUUCAUCUAGUGAAAUUCAAGCAACCUGGUAUAGUGGCUUUCUCCAGCAAGCAUCUAUCUAUGGCAUAGCUGCUGGAUACUGCAUUUCAGCAUCUUUACUCUCCAUCAUCAACAAAUGGGCUGUGAUGAAAUUUCCAUAUCCUGGGGCCCUAACUGCUUUACAGUAUUUCACAAGUGCAGCUGGGGUCAUCAUUUGUGGUUGGUUCAAGAUAAUAGAGCAUGAUCCACUGGAUCGUAGUACCAUGUGGCGGUUCCUACCAGCAGCAGUGAUAUUCUAUCUAUCUCUUUUCACCAACAGUGAACUCCUCCUCCAUGCCAAUGUUGACACCUUCAUUGUCUUCCGUUCAGCAGUCCCCAUCUUUGUUGCAAUUGGAGAGACCCUCUACUUGAAACAGCCAUGGCCAACGAUGAAAACGUGGCUUUCACUUGCCACCAUCUUUGGUGGAAGCGUGCUUUAUGUCCUCACUGAUUACCAGUUGACAUUCAUGGCUUACAGCUGGGCUUUAGCUUACCUGAUAAGCAUGUCCAUAGAUUUUGUGUACAUAAAGCAUGUUGUCAUGACCAUUGGUUUAAAUACCUGGGGUCUUGUACUGUACAACAAUCUUGAGGCUCUCCUACUGUUUCCAUUGGAAUUGCUGAUAAUGGGAGAACUGAAGAAGAUAAAGCAUGAAUUCUCUGAGGAAUCAGAUUGGUAUUCUUUUCAGGUGGUUUUUCCGGUGGGGCUGUCAUGUCUGUUUGGUUUAGCUAUCUCUUUCUUUGGGUUCUCUUGCCGAAGAGCAAUUUCUGCAACAGGAUUUACCGUUCUUGGAAUUGUGAACAAGCUAUUGACAGUUGUGAUUAAUCUCAUUAUUUGGGACAAGCAUUCCACAUUUGUGGGGACAGUUGGGCUUUUGAUUUGUAUGGUAGGUGGGAUUUUGUAUCAGCAGUCUGCAAGCAACAAGCCUAAGGCAGCAACAGACGUGAAAGUGCAAGAGAGUCAGGAAGAACAACAGAAGCUGCUUGAAAUGCAAAGCAAUGAAAAGAGCAACGAUGGAAAUGAACUGAUCAAUUCACAAGAGGGGAAAUGAGAAGGCCAUUUUACAAUCAAUUACUGUAUUACAUGAGUUGGUUCCAGAGUAACUGAUUGGUAAAUCUUAAGGGCUGAAAGACCAGGAAUGCUCUUGUUUGGACAUGAAAUUCCUAACUGAAAUCUGGGUCUGAAUCAGGUCAAAAAUGACAAUGUUGUUGAAUCCUCCCAUUUGUUUUAACCAAAACCAAAGUUCAUCCCCAUCGAUCAUUGAUUUCUUUAUUCAACUGGUACAGCCUACAAUAUUGGACAUGAACAUCAGGCACAAGCCGAAUAUUGUUCCUUUUUGGUUGCAUUCUUGAGGAAACAUUUAUUUGAUUCAUUCAACCCAUUUGGAAUAUCUUCUUUUCUGUAUAUUAUUGCUGUUGUUGAAACAUUUCUUUGAUCCCAAUUACCCAUUAGUAAUGGCUGUUGUAAUGAACUUGAUGUGUGACAAAUAUCAUACAUCAAAUCUAGUAAUUAUGUAUGUGGAGUGUCCUGGUUUCACUA